CCAUGUUCAGGUCAGCCUGCUGCCAACCCCGCCUGGCCCGGAGGACCUGGAGGUCAACCCCCUGCCAACCCAACCUGGCCCGGAGGACCUGGAGGCCAACCACCUGCCAACCCCGCCUGGCCCGCAGGACCUGGAGGUCAACCACCUGCCAACCCAACCUGGCCUGCUGGACCUGGAGGCCAACCACCUGCCAACCCGACCUGGCCUGGAGGACCAACUCCCAACCCCACCUGGCCUGGAGGACCAACUCCCAACCCCACCUGGCCUGGAGGACCAACUCCUAACCCCACCUGGCCCGCUGGACCUGGAGGUCAGCCACCUGCCAACCCCAGCUGGCCCGGUCCCGGAGGACCUGGACCCGGACCUACCCCUGCCGUUACCCCUCAACAAAGUCUGGCCGUCCCUUACAAACAAAAUCUCCCCAAUGGAGUUUAUGACAAGCUGCUUAUCACCAUCGCUGGGAUCGUGAACCCCAACGCUGACAAGAUCACAGUGGACAUGUUCGCAGGUCAGGACCUGGCCUUCCACUUCAACCCUCGGUUCAAUGACGGCGGCAGGAAGGUGAUCGUCAGGAACAGCUGCAUCGGCACCAAGUGGGGGAAAGAGGAGCGGGAACUGCAGAACUUCCCCUUCGUCCAGGGACAGCCAUUCGAGAUGAAGAUCUUGUGCACCAACAAGGAGUUUAAGGUGGCCGUCAACAACGCUCACGUGCUGGCGUUCCAACACCGGGUCACCAACCUCAAAUCCAUCAACACACUCAACAUCUACUGCGACCUCAAACUGACCAAGGUCAACCUGGAGACUUUGCCCUGAGAAGGACCGCAGAUAUACUGGGGGUCCAACACAGAUUUGCAAAAAAAUACCCAGAGAUCUAGUGGGGAUCAACAAGAGAUCUACUGAAGGUUACCCAAAGAUUAACUGUAAAUCUGCUGUUGAUCCCUAACAAAUCUCUAGUGGACCCUCAGUAGAUCUCUGGUGGACCCCCAAUAGAUAUUUGGUGGAACCCCAGUAGAUCUUUGGUGGACCCCAGUAGAUCUUUGGUGGACCCCCAGUAGAUCUUUGGUGGACCCCAGUAGAUCUCUAGUGGACCCCAGAAGAUCUUUAGUGGACCCGCCAGUAGAUCUUUAGUGGACCCCAGUAGAUUUACUGGGGAUCCACAGGAGAUUUGUUGGGAGUCCACCAGAGAUCUAUUAGGUUCCACCAGAGAUCUAUUAGGUUCCAUCAAAGAUCUAUUGGGGUUCCACCAGAGAUCUAUUGGGGUCCAACAGAGAUCUACUGGGAUUUCCACAACCGAUUUCCUGUUGCAGAUCUACUUCAGAUCAACUGGAGGUCGCUUAAUAUAUAUCUUUAAUAGAUCUGUAGAUGAUACUUGGAAACGUUAACAUGUGUAGUUUUAUAGGUGAACCAUCCACAGAAAGUACUCAGUGGACCCUGUUGUAGUUGUUGUUGUAUUUGAGUCAUAAAUAAAGGGUUAAUCU